GCCGUCACCCCCGACGUGAUCGAUCGCCACGACGGUUUCCAACGCGAUCACCUACGUACUUAGCUGCUGCACGACCAGACGGCCGGCCGUCACACAGGAAGAAGACAGCGUGCUUUUGAGUAUAUGGACGCGGCGGCGGCGGCGGCGGAGAUCUACCGGCUGCCGGAGGAGUGCGUGGCGUACGCCAUCUCGCUGACGACGCCCGGCGACGCGUGCCACUCGUCCGCGGUGUCGCCGGCGUUCCGGACCGCCGCGGACUCCGACGCCGUCUGGGCACGGUUCCUGCCGCCCGACCACGCCGCCGUCCUGGCGCGCGCCGACGAGCCCGUGGAGUGCGAGUCCAAGAAGGAGCUCUUCUCCCGACUCUGCGACACCCCCGUCCUCCUCGACGGCGCCACCAUGAGCUUUGGGCUGGAGAGACGGAGCGGGGCGAAAUGCUUCAUGCUCUCGGCGAGGGCGCUCAGCAUUGCCUGGGGAGACGAUCCGACUUGCUGGAUAUGGACCGCUAGCCUUCCGGGAUCCAGGUUUCCUGAGGUCGCCGAGCUCGUCGACGUGUGCUGGCUGGAGAUCAGCGGGAAGCUCAGCCUCUCGCUGCUCUCCCCGGGCACAACCUACGCCGCCUACCUCGUCUUCGCCAUCGCCGACGACUCGUACGGCCUGGAGUGCCACGUCGGCAUGCUGCCACCCAAGGCCACAGUCACCGUCGUCUCCGGGACCAGCGGCAAGCCGGCGGCGACGUCGACCGAGCACGCCAUCUGCCUGCAGCACAUGCAGGGGGAGGAGGAGGUCGCCGUGCACCGGCGGAAGCAGCAGUACAUGCGGCUCCGCAAGGGCUACGGCCGCAAGAUGGUGACGAGGGAGGCCGACCCCGACAUCAGGUGCCCGCGCCGGAGGGGCGACGGGUGGGUGGAGGUCGAGCUGGGCGAGUUCGCCGUGGCCACCGGCGACGGCGAGGACGGCGGCGUGGUGGAGGUGAGGCUCGAGGAGGUGGAUAGCCGGAGGUGGAAGAGGGGCCUCAUCGUGCAAGGCAUCGAGAUCAGGCCCAAGCACGCUUGCUAGCUGCCGCCAUAUAGCCGAACGCCUGCGUUGAUUCUUUUUUAUCAACAGUUAGCCAUCGGAUUAAUUUUUAAUCUAGGAAAAAAUCAUUAAGAAUUACCGAUGAAUUAGGUCCAGAGAGGAACAGCUAGCCGACGAAGCUCUCAGCCUGAUUCUUUUCUGGACUGACGCAACUUAAAAAUUCAGCUACUGGAGAAUGGUCAAUUGCGUCAGUGCUUGCAUGCGGACUAGUACGUAGUACGUGCUGCUGCAGAGCGCUAAUGUACUUGAUGCAUGGCCCGCAAGCUGUUUGCUAACCACAACGGCCUGUAUGUAGAUGAUCGCAUGAGGAGCCUGCUGUGUGCGUACGUGGUCAAGUUGGUGAUCCGGGGACCAAAAUGAGAUAGCAAGUGUAUUAUUUCGAUGGAAUGUUAAUUCCAUAUGAUUUAACGUGAUUGUUCACUGUUCCAUCA